AUGCCGACGUACCGCGAGCUAGCGGCCUGCAGGCGCCAGACAGUCACAUUUCCCGGCCCGCUUGGAAAUGCCUGUCCAGAGCACUCAACGCCUGCCAAAGUGGUGAGGGCUGCGAACCCGAGACAGCGAAAGGGAAGCAAGGUCGGUGACUUCGGGGAUGCCACAAACUGGCCGACCCCUGGAGAAAUAGCCCACAAGAGUGUCCAGCCGCACAAGCCGCAGCCCCUGCGGAAGCUGCCAAUCAAGAAGGACAUGAAGGAGCAGGAGAAGGGGGACGGAAGCGACGGCAAGGAGAACCUGAAGGCCCGAUCGGACGAGUCCGGGGAGGAGAAGAACGGUGACGACGACAACCAGAAGGCGGGCCAGAAGAAGAAGGGCAACAAGCACAGGUGGGUCCCGCUGCAGAUCGACAUGAAGUCGGAUGUGUCGAGGGAAAAGACCGCCUCCCGCAACAACCGGCAGAACGAGCAGCACCGACACCCCUCCAACAACCGCGGCGAGCUGAAAGGCUGGCACCCCGACAACAAACAUGAGCGGAACUGGACCGACCACGACGACACCUCCAGUGUGAAGAGCGAGGGCGGCGCCGUGCGAGGAGCUUUCCGGGGAAGAGGCCGUGGCCGGGGCCGCGGCAGGGGCCGGGGCAGAGGAGGUACUCGCUCACACUUCGACUACCAAUACGGCUACCGGAAAUUCGAUGGCUCAGACGGCUCGCGCACCCAGAAGUACACCAGUAACAUCACCUACUACUUUGACAACAUCAGCAGCACCGAGCUGUACAGCGUGGACCAGGAGCUGCUCAAGGACUACAUCAAGCGCCAGAUCGAGUACUACUUCAGUGUGGACAACCUGGAGCGGGACUUCUUCCUGCGGCGCAAGAUGGACUCGGGCGGCUUCCUCCCCAUCACCCUCAUUGCCAGCUUCCACCGGGUGCAGGCCCUGACCACAGACAUCAGCCUCAUCAUUAAGGCGCUGAAGGACAGCAAGGUGGUGGAGAUUGUGGACCAGAAGAUUAGAAGAAAGGAGCAGCCUGAGAAAUGGCCCUUGCCUGGCCCUCCCAUGGCAGACUACACGCAGACCGACUUCUCCCAGCUCAUCAACUGCCCCGAGUUCGUGCCCCGACAGAGCUUCCAGAAGGAGACAGAGUCCGCACCGGGCUCCCCCCGUGCCGCUAGCCCGGUGCCUACCAAGACGGAGGAGGUCAGCAACCUGAAGACGAUGCCCAAGGGCCUGUCCGCCAGCCUGCCCGACCUGGACUCGGAGACGUGGAUCGAAGUGAAGAAGAGGCCCCGGCCCUCCCCAGCCAGGCCCAAGAAAGCGGAGGAGUCGAAAACGCCGCAGAAGCAGAAGGACCAGGACGAGCCGGAGGAGCUGGACUUCCUGUUCGAUGAGGAGAUGGAGCAGAUGGAUGGGCGUAAGAACACCUUCACUGACUGGUCAGAUGAGGACUCGGACUACGAGAUCGAUGACCGCGAUGUCAACAAGAUCCUCAUCGUCACGCAGACGCCCCCCUACCUACGCCGCCACCCCGGGGGUGACCGGACCGGCAACCACACCUCCCGGGCCAAAAUGAGCUCGGAGCUAGCCAAGGUGAUCAACGACGGGCUGUACUACUACGAGCAGGACCUGUGGACCGAGCAGUUCGAGCCCGAGUACUCGCAGAUCAAGCAAGAAGUGGAGAAUUUCAAGAAGGUGAAUAUGAUCAGCAGGGAGCAGUUUGACACCCUCACCCCAGAGCCCCCGGUCGAUCCGAACCAGGAAGUCCCUCCUGGACCCCCCCGGUUCCAGCAAGUCCCCACCGAUGCGCUGGCCAACAAGCUCUUCGGCGUCCCUGAGCCAUCGACCAUCGCCCGGUCUCUGCCAACGACUGUGCCAGAAUCGCCCAACUACCGCAACGCCAGGACGCCGCGCACCCCACGCACGCCGCAGCUCAAAGACCCGACUCAGACACCGCGGUUUUACCCAGUCGUGAAAGAGGGCAGGACGAUAGAUGCCAAGACUCCCCGCAAGCGGAAGACGAGGCACAGCUCCAACCCUCCCAUGGAGUGCCACGUCGGCUGGGUGAUGGACUCCCGGGAGCACCGGCCACGGACUGCCUCCAUCAGUUCCAGCCCUUCGGAAGGGACCCCGGCCGUGGGGAGCUACGGUUGCACACCGCAGUCGCUGCCCAAGUUCCAGCAUCCUUCGCACGAGCUGCUCAAGGAGAAUGGCUUCACGCAACACGUGUACCACAAGUACCGUCGGCGCUGCCUUAAUGAGCGGAAGCGACUGGGCAUCGGUCAGUCCCAGGAGAUGAACACGCUGUUCCGGUUCUGGUCGUUCUUCCUCCGCGACCACUUCAACAAGAAGAUGUACGAGGAGUUCAAGCAGCUGGCUGUGGAGGAUGGGAAGGAGGGAUACAGGUAUGGUCUGGAGUGCCUUUUCAGAUACUACAGCUACGGACUGGAGAAGAAGUUCCGCCCGGACAUCUUCAAGGAUUUCCAAGAAGAAACCAUCAAGGAUUAUGAAGCCGGGCAACUCUACGGGCUUGAAAAGUUCUGGGCCUUCUUGAAAUAUUCCAAAGCCAAAAAUCUGGACAUUGACAGCAAACUGCAAGAAUACCUCAGCAAGUUCAAGCGCCUCGAGGACUUCCGCGUGGACCCGCCCAUGGGGGAGGAAGGCGGGCAGAAGAGAUACCCGUCGACGGCAGGAGGAGACGGGAGGAAGCGCUACCCAUCCCAGUCUUCUAGCAAGCCGGUCAGCCAGCCCCCUGCCUCAUCCGGCCAGCCCGCCAGAGAGGAUGCCAAACCCCCGAGCCAGACAGCCCCGGCCACGGCAGCUGUGGACCCUCACGCGCUGGGGAAGUAGCGAAUAUCAAGCUGCUGCUUCCUGCUGGGCGAGGGGGGUUGGCGGGGAGCUGGACCGGGGAGGGGAGGAGUGAGUGAGUGAGUGAGGUUGGGGGUGGGCAGGACGGAGCGACGAGGCGGGUGCCUGUGAACCGAAUCGAAUCGGAUCGGCUGCUUGGGGGAACCCUUCAACGCACUCGCGGCUGGACAAGACUCUCCACGCCGAAACCGCCUCUGCUUGCUGUACGUCGCCGGCCGGAGCCAGACCCCCACACUUCAAUGUCUUAGCUUCUUUCUUUUUUUCCGGGUGGGUUGGGAAGAGGGAGAGAUGUUUUGGUUUUUUUUUUCCCUUUUUUAUUAAUAUAUAUAUCAAGUUUUAAAUUAUUGAUCGAGGUUCGUCGGGAUGGAUUGCCACCGCUCAGCUCCACGCAGCCCCUUCCCACCCCCCACCCUGCCUCCGGCCACCCCUCGGCCCAGAGGAGUGAGAUUUCCACCCGCCCCCAGGAGCGACCUCCUGGCUCUUCUGGGCUGGCUGCGACCCCGUGGAGCCCUGUCACCGUGAGCAGGCCGGCGCCUACCCCUUCUGGGGCUGCAGUGGAUCCAGAGCAUCACCCCCGGGGUCGACCUCUCCUCCCCUCGAUUUUUGCCCUUCCUCCACAGACACUUGGAAGUCAACCAAAGGAGCUUUGCCAAGCGAGGGCUGCCUCCCUCCGAGCUCGGCUGAUGCCUUCCACGCCCGGACUGCAGGCAGGGGGGCCGGGAAUGCUGCACGGAGCCCCCUCCCAAAGUGCCGCCGGGCAUGCACAGAGACGGGCCUGCGCCCAGGCGCUUUCUCUUCCUUUCGCUUAAUGACUUGCACGUGGAAAACCAACCAACCGGAGCCCCCGGACUGUGGGGACUCUUCUCCCUUUGCUGCUUCCUUGGAAAUAAUUAUUCAAAACAAACAAACAAACAAAGAAGUUGCCUUAUGGUGGAGCUGGAACUCGGAGACCUGCCGGCUCCCCUCCCCGACGCCAGCCGGGACCCCUCUUCUUCCCCGCCUCCAGCCGAGAGGCUCAUUGCGGGGCCGACGGGCAACACCCUGCGAUGCCACUUUUGUGGCCUCGGGGAAUGUGGCGUCAGACACACGGACGACCUGGCCCCCGUUGCAGCCCGGCUGUGGGCCUCGCUCCUGGCGGAGGCAGCGUCCUCCAAGACUUGUGCUAUUACGUAGUGGAUGCUGAUACACGUAUAUACUGUUGUAGUGCCCUCCCUGCUGUCGCCUCGCUCAGACUCACAGGGUGACUGCCGUUGUCUUUCCCCUCCCACCAGCCCCCUAGGCAGGGGCAUCUCAGUCUGUUACACUCAUGCUGGGAGGGGGGGCACUGGGAGAUGCAGCUGUGGCAGGUGAACGACUGAUUCCUCACUGCGGAGGAGAGAAGC